AUCUCUUUCUUUCUUUCUUUCUUUCUUGGUGUAUAUAUAUAUAUACACACACACACACCAAUGGGUAGACAGUGGUUCAGCUGGGGCGGCGGCGGGGGAAGAUCGUCUUCCUCCGGCAAGAAAACGAGAGAAUCCCCAAGAAAACCGCCGCCGGCGAACACCACCGCCGGGUGCAUGUGUGCGGUUCUCCAAAUCUUCGACUUGCCUCCCCACCGCUCCCUCUCCUCUUUCCUCCAACAACAAGACGACAAUUUUGAACCAACCCCUAAAGGGGUUGAAGCGCCAAGAAACAGCUUAGAGGUGGAGGAGAUAAUGGUGUUGAAGCCUGCAAAUGUGGCCAUCAAACCAAAGGGACAUGAAACAAAAAUUUUGAAUAAUGUCUCUGUGGGGAUUAAUCAGAUCAGGACGAGCUGCGAAUUUUCGUCGUCGGAGUGCAGCUCGUCGUCGCCGGGAGGAGCUCGGACGCCGAAUCUGGUGGCGAGACUGAUGGGGCUCGACCUUCUGCCGGAGAAUAACAACAAUGGCUCCUCCCCUGCUUCCACAUUGUCGUCUUCUUCGAGGCUGGACAGAGCCCGCUACCUCCUCCACCGUUCGGGGACUCUGUCUCUGCCGGAGACGCCGCGAGUGUCGAUGAAUAGGAAGUCGGACGUGGAGAUUUACCACCGCAACCGCCACCAGCAGCACCACCACAGGCUGUCUCUUCAGAUCAAUAAAGAGAAUGUGGGGAUGGGUAGUGAAGACGAUGAAGCAUCUAAAAGGGUGAAAAGAAUUGUGAAGCAUUUGAAAGAGAGUAGAAAAUUUGGCCAAGACAUAACGAACACGGCGGCCGGAGAACACCGCCGGAAAGAUAGCUUUCUUGAUACUUGUACUCAGGUCGUCUUGCUCAAACCGAAUAGACCAUCCGCGGGGAAGGUAGCAGCGAACGGCGAAUUUGCCCACGCCAAGAAUCACUCUCCGAUAAAACCGCCGCCGCAGAAGGAAGAAACGUUCGUCCGGCCGGCGGCAAACACAGCCCAAGAGAACAAGAAGGGUGUGAAGAGAGCAACUCCACUGUCAAAUCCCAACAAUGUUCCGACCAUAUUGCCGGCGGUAAUGAGGAAAGAUCGACGACCGUCGCCGGCGCCGGAAAAAUCUGUUCAAAAGCUGGAAAAGGCCGUCCUUUUUGUACAAAAAAGUGGCUCUCUGUUAUCUAGUUCUCCGAGCCUAACGUACAAAUCCCCUGCUGCAACCACCGCCGCGCCGCCGCUGGAAUUGGAGUACAUACAGAGAGUACUUAAACGUGCGGGGAUCGAAAAAGAAACGCCGGUGACCUCGUCAAAAUGUCAUUCCUAUUCCCACCCAUUAAAUCCUUCCAUUUUCCACUACAUGGAACUCUUCCACCACUCCACCCUGAAGCGCCGGAGCGACAGAAAGUUGAUCUUCCAUCUGGCCGACGAGCUACUCGCCGGAAUCUUGAAAUCACGGCGGGGAUCCAUGAACGGGUCGGACCUGGCGGAAGCACUCUGUUUUAAAAUCCGGGAACUGCCCUCCAGAGAAUGCCACGUGUUGGAAGACAUAGACGCAUUGAUCGACGGGGACUUGAAGAAAUCCGAUGAGAAUGAGAGGGAUGAAGAAGUAGAGGGUAUGGUGGGGGAGAUUGAACGUUACCUGGUGGAGGCGCUGGUGGGAGAGACGGCGGCGGCGGUCCUGGAGGUGGCGCGGCCGUACCGGGGGAGGAGGAGGAGAGAGGGUGGGUUUGUGUCACAGGCUCUGACUUUCUGACGAAGGUCACAUGGGUCAUUCCCCGUGAUUAGAUGCCACUGUGGGCCCACUACGGUUUUGUGGGGUACACGUGUCGCGAACCCACAUUCGUUGGACGUUUUUAUCACUCGCUCUUUUUAUUUUUGUAAAUUAGUUUUAACUAGUUCUUUUAGGGGAAGUUUUUAACUUGUUAUUUGCAUGAAUAUUCAAUUCUUAUGUAAAAAUAAAUUUAUAAAUUUGAUGUUUUUAAUGAAAAGUUGGCAUUCGA